AUGAAGAGCCUGCGGGCCAAGUUCAAGAAGUCGGGCAGCCAGGACUGGACCAAGAACGAUGAGAAGCUCCUGCAAGCCGUGGACUACAACGAUGCCGGGCGGGUGACAUCACUCCUCAUCCGCAAGGGCCUGGUUGCCACCAAGCUGGACUCGGAGGGCAAAUCCGCGUUCCACUUGGCUGCCAUGCGGGGGAAUGUGGACUGCCUCGAAGCCAUGCUGGCCCAUGGCGUGGACACCAUGACCAAGGACAGCUCAGGUUACACUGCCCGGCACUUGGCGUCCAAGCACGGCCAUCCGCAGUGUGUGGGGAAGCUGCUGCAGGCUUCCUGCCCUGUGGACAUGCCUGACAACAGCGGGCGGACAGCACUGCACCAUGCGGCUAUCAGCGGCUGCAUCACAUGCUCGGAGAUACUCUGCGAUUUCAAGGCUCCCUUGAACAUCAAGGAUAAAGAUGGCUUCACUCCACUGAUCCUCGCUGCCAAGAUGAGCCACUCGGAGCUGUGCCGGUACCUGCUGCACCGUGGAGCGGCCAUAAAUAGCCGAGAUCUGCAAGGGAGAACGGCCUUGAUGUUGGCCUGCGAGAAUGGCAGCGUGGAGACCGUGGAGGUGCUUGUCAACGCGGGUGCCCGUGUGGCCGUGGUGGACUCCAUGGGCCACGAUGCGGCUCACUACAGCCUGGCCACGGGCAACGCUCUCGUCCAGCACUUCCUGCAAGAGGCGGCCCAGCGCCGCUCCUGGGCCAGCGAGGAGUCGGCUGAGCAGACAUCCCAGACAUCUUCGCCCAGCCAGUCCAUAGGCAGGGAGAAGAGCAGCACCCCGAGGAAGAGGAAAGCCCCAUUGCCACCCGCAGGCUCCUUGAGCCAGGAGGAUAGAGAUGCCUAUGAGGAGAUUGUGAGGCUGCGGCAGGAACGGGCCCAAUUCUUGCAGAAAAUCAGGAGCUUGUAGCAACAGGAGAAGCAGAGACGAGAGCGGGCAGAGCUAGAUGAGGGCUCCAUUCGCUCCAUGGAGAAGCAGAUCCAGGAGCUGGAGCAGCGCCUGGCGGCACGCGAUGCUGACAAGGAGCGCCUGGGCAAGGAGGUGGAGGCUCUGCGAAGCCGCUUGUCCUCGCUGGAGAAUGAGAAGGAGAACACGAGCUAUGACAUUGAGACGCUGCAGGACGAGGAGGGAGAGCUACUCGAGUUCCCAGGGGCAGAGCUGCUGCUCUCCAAGAAGACGCUGAGCCCCUCGACUGAGGAGCUGCUGGCCACGCUGCAGGGCCAGGUGCAUUCCCUCACCAUGCAGAACAAGGAGCUGAGGGAGAAAAUCCAGAUCCUGGAGAACUACGAGAGGGACGAGAGCGACCCGGCCACGUCGGGCGACUUUGUCCCCGUCAGCCUCUACGACUCCCUCAAGUGCGAGCUGGAGCAGCUGAAGGAGCAGCACACGGCGGCGCAGGCCGCCCUGAGCGCCCUGCAGGACGGCCAUGCCAAGGGCAAGGCCGUGCCCGCCGAGGCGGGCGGGCAGCGGAAGGCUGCGGAUGAGGGGCAGAUCCGCACGGCGCAGGAGGACCGGAGCAAAGGCAGCGUCCCCAGGGAGGCGGAGGAGCUGGUGGAGGCCAGCGGCGCGGCCGGGGAGAGCAGCUCUGUGGAGCAGCUCAGCGAGGAGCUGGCCCAGCCGACGGCCAUGCCAAGGGAAGGUAGCGGCGGUGGGGGCCGCCCGGGGCAAUGGGGGAGCUGA